AAACUAAAUGAGUUAGGUGGUAAGCGUUCAUAGAGACCCAUCAAAUACAUAUAAUUUUAAAUAAUUUUAUAAUAAUAUCAACACCAUAAUCAGCAUACCAUCAUCAUCUUGUGCAGAACAUUUGUAAUAUUAGUAUUGAGGAAUGAGGAGUCUAAAGAUUGCAAAUGGCCACAAUUUUCAUCCGGAUUGUGGUCGAAUCAAUCUUAGCAGUUUGUUAGCCGGAUCAGUUUUUUUAACAACAUUGGUUAGCUAGAGGUGUAUAUAUUUGAUUAUAAAUAUGGCGUCAACACUUACGUGCGAUUUUAUGUUUCUAUUUAUAUAUUGUUUGGGUUGUUUUCACAUUUCAAUUACUUUAGUAUAAAUAACCCUUUUAGAUAUCAUAUCACCCUUACCCGACAGAACAGGUGAUACUCAAUCUAGCACAUUCUCUUUUCUUCUCUACUGUUCUCCUCUCUCUUUCUUCAUUGAUUAAGUCAUCAUCUUCUUGAAAAAGAAGUGUUCAGAACCAAAAUCAUAUAUUUGAGAAUGGAUCUAAAGCGUCACUCGUCGCUUUCUACACUUGUGGCUCAUUUCUUUGGCAUCUUAGCGGUUAUUCUAAUGCUCAUAUGGCUUCUCCAUUACCGCGAAGGCAUCGAGUAUGGCUCCGACAACCCCUUUAAAGUUUUAAAUGUGCACAUAUUUCUCAUGUACUGUGGAUUUCUCUUUCUCGUGGGUCAAGCUAUGAUGACGUAUAAAACGGCGUACGCGUCGCACCAAGUGCAGAAGAUGGUUCACGGUGGGCUUCACUUAAUAGGCUUAAUUCUAGGUAUUGUCGGAAUCUGCGCCGCCUUUAGAUUCCACGACAAAAUAAACCUUAGAGACAUGGUCUCUCUUCACUCCUGGAUCGGUCUCACCACUUUCAUCCUCCUCGGUCUACAGUGGCUCUUCGGUGCGUUCACAUUCUUAGCGCCACAAUCAUCGUCGGGUACUAGGACGAGGAUGAUGCCGUGGCACGUCUUAGGUGGUCGGGCUCUACUUUAUAUGGGUAUAGUCGCAGCACUCACCGGACUCAUGCAAAGAGCAACAACGCUUGGUCAAAGCAGAAACGCUGAGUCACGUCUAAUUAACUUCCUCGGGUUAGCCAUUCUACUCUUCGGCGUCUCCGUCGACUUCUCCGUCACUAUUGGCCGUUAUAAUUGAUAUAGUACUACUACUAUAUUAGUCCUACCUUUAAAUAUUGCUUUUUUUUUUGUAUUAAUCAACGAGUUCUUGUUUGUUUGUUUUGUUUUCGUGUGUAAAUGUGAUUCGUGUGAUAUCUAAUUGGUGGUCAUGAGAGUGAUUAUUUUGGUAUUCAAUUUUUACUUUUUGGAUAUUUUUC